AUGAAUCAACUCAUCGUCUAUGUUCUGCAUCCUCUCAUGUGGGAGUACAGAGAGCAGGGAGAGAUCCACACCAGAGCCUCCCUGGAAAAAUUACAGAAGCACUGUAACAAGUCUGGCUUUCCUGCAUGGGACACUGUGUUGAGGCUCAGAUCACCGCAAAAGUUUGCAGAGUUUCUGCGCAGUGGCAGUCACGUCACUCAAGAGGAGCUUCAGAAUCAUGAGAAUCAGUACGGGCUUGGUGGGGAAUAUUACGAAAACGUGCUCUUCAACAGCAGCUCCAGUGACACCCAGUCGCACAGAGGAGAAGCAGAGGACAAUAGCGAAGAUGAGCUGGAUAGUAACAGUCCUCCAACCCUAAAUAACGUCCCCAGUCCUGCUGUAUAUACUGUAUAUACUCCAGCUGUCUGCCCGUAUCCCCCUGUCACCUACACCCCUCAGCCAGAACCCAUGGAUCCAGAAGACCAGGACUUCUUUUAAAAUUGUCCUGUUGUCAAGUUUUGUCAUGUUCGUUUUAAAGAUACUUUUUGAAACGCUAAACAUUUUAGGAAGGAAUGACUCGAAGGAACAUUAGUAGGUCCAUAAGGAUUGUAAAAAUAAUCUUUCUUUGUCAUUUGCGUUUAAAUGAUCUCUUUCAGACAAGAGUGGGCUGCUACUAUUAUAUUUUUUUUUAGCAGGAGUUUGUAUUCCCGUACCCAAGUGAUGCAGAGCUGGGAAUAACACUUUUUUUGUACAUACUGUAUGUUAAUAGUGUGUGUGAAUAGAUAGUGACUGUGCUGCUCUCAGGUAUAUCAGAUCAUCAGGACAUCAUUGCAGUUUGCUAAUACAUUUGCCUCAACUGCUCAAGACAAUGACUGCUCCACACAUAGUCCCACAGCAUUUAUGUAAUUGAAGGAAACGGUGCACUCUAGUGUUGGUUAAAGGAACAGUUCACUUAUAAGUGCAAAUUGUGUCUGGUUUACUCACGCUCAUCUUAAUCCAAACCUCUCUGUCUUCCUUUGAACACAUAGAGGAAGUUUAGCGGGAUCUCCAAAUUGCUCUUUAUCAUACAGUUAAACUAAACGAGGACAUACGGUUUCCAAAAGUUUCAAAACUGCACAUCUAAGCAUCAGCUAAAUCACUGAAUCACUGUUUUUUUUUUGCCUUCCACUUGAUAUUUAUUAAUCAUCAAGUUUCUUUAGUGCUUGGGUGUCCAGUCCUGGUCUUGGAGGGCCGACAUCCUGCAGAUUUUAUUUCCAAUUUUUACCUACCUGGAAGAUUCUAGUAAUCCUUAAGACAUUGAUUACUUUAGUUCAGCUGUGUUUAAUUGAGGUUGAAGCCAAAAUCAGCAGGACUGGACAUCCCUGCUUUAGAGGCUCUGUAGAAUUUUCAUGUUAGUGUGAACCAUCCUUUCAAAAUGAAUCAACUCAUCGUCUAUGUUCUGCAUCCUCUCAUGUGGGUUUGCACAUCUACAUGCUGGCAUUUCAUAUUCUUUCCUUUUUAUUGAACUUUUAUCUGAAGAAAGAAUGUAUGUUUUAAA